CAAGAUUAGAAGAAAAGGAACUGAACAUUGCUGGAGGCUGUCGAAAUCUGCGAUUUCUCUGGCAAACUUAAGAACAUGCCACCCCCAGACUGUACUGCAAAAGUUGUAAUGAUUGGAGACAGUGGAGUUGGAAAAUCCAAGAUCCUUUCAAGUUAUAAUGGAGAAAGGUUCAAUCCCACCUACAUGCAAACACGAGGUGACUUUCGGAAAAAAUUGCGUAGUAAUUUUAGAAGAGCUAUAUGUAACCAUGGCCAUUUGAUGUUUCUUUUUGACAGAGAGACAAAUCAGAAAGUCAAGAGUGCAAGUUGGACGUCGAUCUGUAGAACUGCAAAUAUGGUAAUUAAGGAGAAGUAAGAUUGCAUAGUAAAUUAUCAUGAUAUGAACAACGUCGGCAAAAAUACUUCCGGUAGUCUCCAACUUUACCAAAUAUUUCUUGAUUGAACUUUUGACGCCACUGAUCUGUUUUGUCCCAAACUGAUCGGGCCAAUAAAUUUUUGUUGCUUUAUCAGUUUGAGUUUGCACCAGUGCAGGCUUCUAGCUUUGUAGCCACACUUCAAGAGGUUUUUAUAAUCAUCGUUUGCCCUAAAACAGUUACAUUUUUUGUCUACACUGUGACAGAUAGCUCAACUUUUAGGUGGGGGGGGGGGGGGGGAGGGGGGCUGGAGUGUUUCAGGUGUUGCUGGGGUUGAAGCUCUCGUGCCUCUAUGGUUGGAGGCUAAAUUGUGAGACCGUGAGUUGUUGGCCCAAACCGUGAGAGUUGCAGGGUCUGGAUAUUUAUUCAGGAGGAAUUACUAUUUUACACUGGAAUUACUAUUUUACCUUGUAGCAGAAUUGGAAUUGAAUAAAGAAUUGAAUUGAAUUGAGUUGAAUUGGAAUUGAUAUCCUGUUUUCAAAAACAUGAUUUUCAAAUCUUUAAUGGGAGGGGGUGGGGGGUGGUUGUCAGAAUCUGAAUGUUGCUAAAAUUUGGCUAAACGUCAGAAUCAUUUCUUCCUCAUUAUUGGGUGGGAAUGAGUGCACGUUUCAAGGCAGAGGGUACUAUGGCAUGUCAGUAUUUAUUGUGGAGAGGUACUAUUCUCUGCUCACAGAAUGGUAAUGAAUAUUUCCUAACCAUUAGGGAUACGCCUGGCAAUCCCCUUUGUAGAACAAUAACAGCAGCAUACAUGCGGGAGGAUGUUCAGGUAAUGAAUCAUUUUGUAUUACCGGUAUUUUAAGGCUCAUGUUAGUCCACAAAACAUCAACUGCAUGUUCCAGCCAUACAGGGAAACCUCUAACGUACACUGUAACCAUGUGGAGACUUGAAUUAUUAUAAGAUGCAUUAUAUUGGGUUCCAGGUGUUCCAUUCAUCCCAGAGAAGUCAAUCGAUAAAAAAAAUUGGUAUUGACAAGAAAUGGUAGCAAUCAAUUAAGAGAUUUUUGAUUGAUAACAGAAAUCAGUGAAAAUUGCAUGAUAAACUAAAUUGCUGUGUCACAUCGAUAUUAGCGAUUUUCAUGAAACAAGAAAAUGAGAAAUGUGGAAACUAUUACACAUACAAGUUUCUCUCUAAAACCCUUUAUUUUGUACAUAAAUCACAAUUAGUUCUCACCUUACAAGAUUUCCUAGCCUGAAUCUCGGACAUCCCUUCGAGUCGAAAGGAUGGUUAUCAAUCGAUAAAACAUUAGUUGGUUGCCACUAAUUUUUGUCGAUACCGAUUUUUAUCGAUAUUGAUUACCUUGAGAUGUAACUACACCCAAAACUGCACCGAUGUUAUUAGUCUCACUCGCAUAAGCAGCCAGACUUAUAAUCUGCAGGUCGUUUCUUUUCCUUCGUAUUUAGUACACAAAGCGACGGUUGUGGUCCCAGGUUUCCAAGUGGUGACUGUGGAAACUGGGAAUAAGAAUCGUGAUGACUUUCAUGGUAUGCAAAUGAGACUGGUGAUGCAUGAGCAUGUGGUUUAUUUUUGGUGAUCAUUGAGGUGAUGUGUGUAGUUCAUCACGUUCUAGUAUGGAUUUUUGGCAAUGAUGUAAUUUCCUCUGAAUCACCCUUGAUUUUUUGUGUAUUCAUACACACGUAGUCGGACGUAAAAAUAUUAUACCGGAGGAAAUCCUGUUUCAUGCUGUAUUGAGGCAUUACGUUUCUCACAAUAGACACAAUUACUUGAACUCUGCAAUUAAAUAGAUUCGACAUUGUAGAUUCGCUUUGUUGUAUGUAUUUAAUUGAUAGAUUUUCGCAGUUUUUAAGAUGUGAAGUCGCAUUGCACUUUAUAAAUACUUGAGAUAUCAAUGAUUUUUAACCUUCAACCUCUAGACGCAACUGCGACUACUCAUCUGACAUUACGUAUGUGUCAUAGAUGUGUUUAUAAGUGUAGAAUUGUACUUGACUGUCACACAGUUUACUGCAACACUUCAUCGGGCAAUGGAAACUGGCUAGUCUACAAAUUGAACUAGUCUAUUUGUUUUCGAAGUUCUCUAGUAUGGAAAAUGUGUAUUUGUUUUUCAUACUGAUGUCUUCAUUGAUGUUUCCUUGAUAUCAUACAGCUGUAGAUUUGCAAGGUCUCGAUCGUUGCCUCCCGGUAUUGCCUUUGAUUGUGGAAUAUUGUUGAAAUUACAGCAUUAUUGCCUGGACAUCAUUGGAAAUUUUCACUUUAGAUUUAUAAACUGUAACGACUGAACUAUAAUCUUUUCCCGGUUUUUAGUUGAGUCUGACUAUUGUAUGUACCAUAAGGCAGUCAGUAGUUACUGUAACCAAUGCCUAGCUGCACACUCAGGCUCCUGAAGAAUUUAUUUCCUCCUCAUUUCUUAUCUAAUCUCCAAGCAACCUCGAGUUAACACUUUAAGACUGCCUUGUUUCUUAUCUAAUCUCCAAGCAAGCAAGACUUACUUGAUAAAUGCUUUUUAGGGAAAGUUCAUUUAAUAUGACAAGGGGGCGGGGGGGAUGAAGAUAUUGAAACUCGAAGCUUGAAAUUUUAGCAGCCCCCCUCGCUAGCAGUUCAAUUUUUAGAGCCCCCUCCUUGGUAGUCAAAAAAAUUUCAGAGCCCCCCCCCUCUCCUCCUUCAAUUCCUUUGUUCCCUGAAAAAAGAUCGCUAGACUGUAUUAAAUAUAUUUACCGUUAUUGUCUUCAAUUGUUUAUACUAUGACAAACUUGAGGUACAGUUGUGAUACAAUUCUCUAAAGCAUUUUGGGAUGAACAAGAGUGUAAUAAUUACUGAGACUACAUUUGUUAUAUCUGUAAACCACGUGAUAUAGCUGAGUUGCACAGGUCAUUAAAUUGUUGAGUUGAAAACCAUCCGAUCUGUAUGAUGAUGUCAUGUGUUGGUUUUGAAGUAUACAAAUUUUCGGAGCCCCCCCUCCUAGCGCAACAAUUUUUUCAGAGCCCCCCAUUCGGGUGUCUAAAAAUUUUCAGAGCCCCCCCUCAAUAUCUUCAUCCCCCCCUUGUCAUAUUAAAUGAACUUUCCCUUAGAGCAUUUCUUGUUUUGAAAGGGUGGUUAAGGUCUAAAUCUUAAAAAAACUGGGCGCUUACAAACCUGGCCAGUAUUAGAUAUCAGAAGAUUUUAAAUUUGUCAUUCAUAUUGUUUAAAAACACACAUUGAUUCCUUUCUGAUACUAAAUUUCUUUGUAUUAUUUGAAUCUUUAGGGAGUGAUAAUUGUGUUUGAUGUUACCAAGGAUGAAACUUAUUAUAAUGUACAACAUUGGCUUAAAACUGUAAAUCAGGUAAGUGCUGACAGAUGAGUAAUAUUAAAAUAAUACCAUCCAAAAGUUAUUGUCUGAAAUGUUAGCCAUCUCAUCCUCUUAACCCAGGGCAGUGGGGGGGCGGAGUUGUGGCCCAGGGGAGAGAGACAUCUGAAACUCGAGGAUUAUAGUGCUGUCCGUUGACAUCAUCUACAUCUCUGAAUUUAUGGCAGGUUCUGAUUUUUAUUUCUGAGUUAGAAAACCUUUUAUUUAUUUAUUUAAUUUAUUAUUAUUAUUAUUAUUAUUAUUAUUAUUAUUAUAAACAAUAUUAUUUUAUUGCAACAUUUGCUCUUAAAGAGCCUAAAGGGGCCUCAUCUUGAGAGCUUAAUUAUGCUGUUGACUUUCAAUAUUUUAAAAAUACAAAUGCACGUGCAAGAUCAAACACGCACACUCAUGAAAAAGCAAAAGAAUAAAAAGAAAAAACAAAACAAAAAAUAAAAUAAAUAGAUAUUAAAAAAACACACACAGCAACUAACAGGAACGAUUUAAUGGCAAAAUAAAAGACUGGGCAAGCUGAAACAACCUAAUGUUAAUUUGAAAAUCAGCAGUAGAAAUACCAUUUAAUAGCCAAUCGAUUUUUUUCUUAUCUGAAGCACAAUGCCAUCUAUAUCCAAGUAAUUGUGCAAGGGAGGUAAACAACUUUUCACGCAUGAGAGCAGCAAAACUUGGGCAGUAUAGGAAAUAAUGUUUCACAUCUUUAGUAGAUGAAUCGCAAAGAGCACAGGCAUAUAAAGGACAGCAAUUUUUCUUAAAAAGGUGAUAAUUUAAGGCACUAAAAUUAAGUCUCAAACAAGUGUGAAAAAUUGACCCUGAGCAAUCCCCAAUAUAAAAAAAAGAUAGAUGCGGGAUGGAAAAUGCAUGAAUUUUAAAAGGUUGUGCUUGAAGAUACCUGGAGAAGACAAUUGUGUCUCUAAUGGAAGACUGUUCCACUCUUGAAUUGAUGAAAAGAGAAAAGAUUUUUUGUGCCUUUCAGUACAAACGAAGGGUAAGCAGAGAUUAUCGGCAGAACGGAGACUAUAACUAGAUCUUGCAGAAACAAAAUAAGGACAUAAAUCGCAUUAAGGUGGGGCUAGCUUAAAUUAUAUACCAUUUUGUACAUCAAACUGAGUUUAUGAUUUUUUCUUCUAACACUAAGUUCGACCCAAGAUAAGUUUAUUUAAUAUAGAUAUCCUGUUUGUCCCUUUUAAAGCACCGGUUACAACUGUUGCGCUCUCUAUUUGUAAGCUUUCUAAAAAAUAUAUAUACCAUCAGAUUCAGAACAUCCAUCCCAAACCACAUCAGCAUAUUCUAAGGAUGAACACACCAAGGAUUUGAAUAAAACUUCAAGUGUAUGAUGGCUCAAUUGUAUUUCAAUGGCUUUAGGAGGUUUAAUUUUUUGGAAGAUUUCUGAUGAGUUUUUAAUAUACAGUCGAACCUCUCUAAUACGGACACUGAAGGGACAGAGCAAAGUGUCCGUAUUAGAGAGGUGUCCAUUGUAUAGAGGUCAUGAAUAUUACGUCACUUUAAAGGCUCCAUUGAUGGUAUGGUAUUUUUAAGUCAAAAUUGGCCCAAAAAAGGCUUUGAGGUGCAUUUGAAUUGUUUAAUGGACAGUGCAAAUCAUUGCAAUACAAGCUGUACAAUUCCAAAAACAUAUGGCAAACUAUAAUACAGUUUCCGAACAGUAACAUAAUAGAACAGUAACAAGUGUAGCGAACACUAACAGGUAGAAAAAGGAAAGCAACAACUGGAGAGUCUUCAAAGAAUAAGAAAUCUUGAUGAUAAAUGGCAAUGACAUGUCGAUAGUAUAAUUUUUACCGAUUGAAAACAUGAUACUCUUAUCGUAUGAACAAUGAGACAAUUGAUUGCACUCUGAUAUGUAACGACAAACAGGAAAUCGUGUUGAAUUAAAGAACUGUCAUCAUUGAAGUGUCCGUAAUGAAGAGGUUCAGUUUGUAUGAAUUUUCUCUCUGGGGCCGAGAUUUCGUGUCCGUUGUCCGUAUUAUAGAGGGUCCGUAUUAUAGAGGUUAUUUUGACAAAGAAUGUAUAGGCAUUUUCCCGGGACCAAGUGAACUGUCCGUAUUAGAGAGGUGUCCGUAUUAGAGAGGUGUCCGUAAGGAGAGGUUCGACUGUAUGUGCUCGCCAAGAUAAGUUAGAAGACAAGGUUAAACUAAGAUGUUCAUAAACUGUCACAUCCUCAAUAAUACUAUUGUUCAAAACCAAAGGGGUUGCAAAUUAAAGGCUUGUCUCUUUUUGCCAAGUCUUAGAUUCAUUCAUAGUCACCAACCACCGUUUAGCCCAAUCGGAUAUUAAUUUUGAUGUCAAGUCAUGAUUAGAAGCGCAAUCACUAGGAGACUGAACUUUUUCCAGCAAAAAACGAUCAUCAGCAAAUAAAAAAACAGCGAGAAGAGAUCGUGACUGGUAGGUCAUUAAUGUAAAUGAAAAACAAUAAUGGACCUAAGACCGAUCCCUGGGGGACACCAGCCUUGAUAUUAUGCCAACCAGAAUUAUGCACUCCUUCGAUUAUCUCUCUUUGUUUACAACAAGAAAGAUAACUUAUAAACCAGUUUAACAAAUUCCCCUCAACUCCAAUGCUUCUUAACUUGGCUAUCAGACUGCGAUACCACACGAUCACGCUUUCGAACAGCUUUACAGAUCUGACCAGUCAUUCAUGGUUUGUUGCGAAGUCAACAGAUGUCGGGUAUGAAAGACUCAACUGUACUUAACAAUAUAGAAAAAAAUCUUUGAUAAAUGACAACAAUAUCAAAGAGCGAAGCAUCAAAAACAUCAUUCCAAUCUGCAUUUGAUAAAGUGCCAUUUAAUCCAUCGAGAUCAAUAUCAUCAAAAUUGCGGAUCUCUCUGGUGAAAGAUUUGGGCUUUUGUUUGCGACAAUUUAAAUUUGCAUAGGUAAUACAGUGAUAACAGUUGGCUGUUGGCUUAGAGUUCCAGAAGAAACAAAAAAGCCAGGCGAGUCUGAUAUUAUAAGGUCAAGAAUGGACUUCCCAGACCGAGUAAAGACUCAAAAAAGGCGUUUCCUCAUUUGCUGAUUGAUUGGGUGGACGAUAACAAACUUCGCAAAGAAAAACAAAAUUCUUGACACUGCAUUGAACCUAUUUAGAGGAGUUCUAGCCCAUCAGAGUAUUCAAACUCAACACGUCUUUUAACUGCAAUGUGACCCUAUCUUUCCUCGAGGGUAAACUAUAACCAGGAAUGAGAAUAUAGAGUCAUUAGAUAAGCUAGAAUUCAACCACGUUUCUGAAAGUGCCAAAACAUCAAAUCCAUACGAACAAGCCAAAAGAGAAAUUUCACUCAGCUUAUCAUUAACAUUAAAUGAGCGAUUGAAAAGUUGAUACUGUUGGGCCCAGGAUUAGGAUGAACUGAACCUGACGCCAAUAAUAGAAUACUAAGGCUCAACAUUUAAACCAAAAGAAUAACAAGGAAGGAAUAAAAUUGGGAGCAAAAUAACAAUGCGACACAAAGUGUCGAUUAAAAAGCCCAAUUGCUGCCCUGUACUGAUCUAGACUAACCUCCAUCAAUAAAAAUAAUGCAUUUUAAAGAGCUUACCUCCCGCUGCACAAAACACAUAGCAACCAAAGGACUGAAUACUAUACGUAAUAAACAUCGUACAUUGAAACCUGUAUUAAGCGGACACCCUCUAAUAAGCAGAUAGUAGCCGAAGUCCCCAAAUUUAUUUUCCUUAUUUACUUUAAAUGAAACCUUCAUUAAGCGGAAACCUCCAUUAAGCAUACUCAGACACCUACAUGUAAAAGUACCUGAAAUGGUCAUUUCUAUUGUUGCAACAGGUGUAUUAAACGGACACUUGUGAUUAAAUUCCACCACCCAACUUGCCAGACACCAGAAAUGGGAAAGAUUGCCACCCACAAAUGAAAGGGAAUUUGAAACACACUUCUGGUAAUUCGUUGAGUUCACUGGGUGCCCAGAACAAGGAUAUUGACAUUGCUUCACAAACGUUAUUACUGGUAACUGAGGUUAAAUAAUGUCUGUGACAUAUGCAGGCUACAUGGUCUAGGCAAAAAGAAAAGAGGGAAAACCUCUAUUGUUCAAGCUAUUUCUAAGGUCACAUUUCACACUAUCACGAGCUUAUGAUCGAGUUGUGUUUAAACCUGUUUCAAACUUGAAAAGUUGAAUGAUCCUGUACACUAAUUCUGGAGGCUUUUCUGUCAAGUUUUACAGCACACAAAACACAGAACACCUCACACAUAUGCAUGCUGCUGUUCAUGGUUCCGUCCAUGACUCGUGGCUGCCAUCUUGCUAAGAAAUCGAAAUUUAUGCAAAAAUGCCUAAAUUAUAAGUAGCUAACGUCACUGGGCAACAUUAUAUGAUUCUUGGAAUUCAGGUGACUCUCUUUCCUAUGCCCCCCAUGGGUUAGGGGUGGAGACACCUGACAUAUCUGUCUACAAAAACUUAUUUUGAUUUCAUUUUGAUCUGGCUUGGACUGCAGAUGGUGUAUUGGCUAACUACAAUGUGCAUGAGUAUUUUUUUUUAAGUCAGUCAUUACUAAGCAUAUGAACAACUGUUAACCUUUAAAAUGUUGCAUGUAAAAGUUAGAGUACAUAAUUUUUUUUUUUUUUGCCUUUAAACUAUGCAUCAUGACUCACUUUUGUUCUCAUAGUACGCAACAAGAACAAGCAAGUAUAGAACCCCUUUGUUUCAAUUGACUAUUGAAAAACAAUUCACUCCUUUGUACAAACAGGAGUAGUUAACCUGCUGAACAGGUGCUAUUUCUUCAUUUUUUUUUCAGGCGAGCACGAGGCAGGCAUGCAUGUCCAGAGUGCAAGAAAACAUGAGCACAUGCAACAGAUCACAGGAAGGCACCUCAGUCCACUGUUGCUUGUGUCUUGCACUCCAUGUCCGCCUGGUGCUUACCUGAAAAACUUGAAAAAAAAGCGCCUAUUCUGCAGGCUACCCAGGAUUUUUCAUUUUUUUGUCCACAAAUCAGUAAGGACAGAAAUAGAUGAUUAAAUAAUUUGAAAGUUACGUAACAUGUACUGGAAUCCCAACUGGCCAGUAACAAAACAUGGCACUUAACAAGCAUGGCAAUGGAGUUGAACUCUGGACUUGGAGAAAUCCAGUGAACUGUGGAUUCUAGGCCUUCAGAUUGCAAAUCCAGCACUCUUAAACCACCCAGCCAGACCACCCGUAUCUGUUCAAAAUGUUCAGUAAAAUAACACUUAUUUUGUUCAGUAAAAUGGUGGAAAAAUUGCCUCAUAGCAUUCGACAAAUUGACUGAAAUUAUUUCAUGAUGACACGCAGCUGAGUUUCUUGACUCUAGCGGAUCAUUGGUGAUUACCAGUUAAAAUAAUCAAUAAUUCAAUGAUCUGUAUUAGUAUUCUGCCAGUUUUGAAAGUAAAACUCUUCCAAUAAUUUUUUUUAGUAUGCUGCUGGAAGAGAGCAUGAAAAUUGCAAUUUUGUAUUUGUUGGAAAUAAAAAUGAUGACAAGCUAGGGAGGAAAGUACAAAUUGAAUCUGGAGAGCAGGUAUUUUUUCCAAAAGCCUAAUUUUGUUCUAUUUAGUAAGGAAUAAGAGUGAUAUUCUGGUUUUGCUAAACCUUUUCUCUGUACAAGACAUACACACGCAUAUUUUUUGAGGGGAGGGGGGUUGAGGGAAUUAGUGUACUUUGCUCAUACUGCUCGUUAUAGUGGAAGGAUCGUGUUCAAAAGAACCACAAUCUGAUUUGCAGAUUGGCUGUUGAGGUCUACUGAAAGGGAUAAAAACAGUUAUUAAUGCAAAGCAGCCAUCUUGAAGUCAAAACUUCCCACUUGGCCAAUUACAAACAUGUAUUAGGUCACGCACAUCAAAAGUACCGGUAUUGUUUUCCUGAAUUUGUUCAUUGUUGGAUUCAAUUGUUGUAAAAAUUCUGUAUUUCUUUGGAAACUGAACUAGCCAGAGUCCGAGACGACUGCUUUCUUAGUAAGUUAGUGGAAAAACGCUUUUUCUCCCUGCCUUUCUCAACCGACCUUGAAGUUGUUCUUCUUGGCCCUCUUUACCAGAUUUCUUCUUCUCUUUGUUGUGCCUUUAAUUACAGGCUGUAAAUUGUUUUGUUAGAUUCUCUUUAAAGCGUGAUGAGAUAAGACCAUUGAGAAAGAUUUGAGAUAGUUCGUUCAUAGGUCAGUAAAGCUAGUUCCAUAGCUUGCAACUUGUUUCAAGAAGAGGAUAAGUCUAGGUGCAAAGUAUGCAAGUACUUGAAAAAGAAUUGUAAAUGAUGUUGAUGACAUUAUCCAGAUCCAUUUGAUUGUUUGUCUUCUUAACCUUUUUCUACAGUUAGCGAAACAACAUAGUGGAGUGUAUGUUGAUACAAGUGCGAAGACAAAAGAAAAUAUACAUAAGGUAAAAAAAAAAAGAGGGUGGUUAGAAAGGUGUUUGACUGAUACUUUAGACUGUAUUGGCUCGCGAUUUUAGGUGGUGUCUUACGGGAGGUUCGACUGUUAUGGCAUACAAUAGGUGCUCACAAUAUUUCGACUGUGAUUUCUUUUUUAAAGCUCUAGCUGUAGACAUUUAUCCACGCGGAAAGACGCUAUUUUUUCUUUGUAAAGCAAAGGAAAUAGAAAGCGUAGCACAUAUUUAGGCUACAUUGGUUCUGGAGAAUUUGGGUAGAAUUUUUAGAAUACACAUGCAUCAACUAUCUUGACAACAAGAGACCAUUGGGCUAUCUUUUUUUCUUAAACACAACGACAACAAGAUGAUGCAGUAAAUUAAACGUCCUACAGUUCUUUAUUUUGUUUAACUUGAGGUGACGAAGUACCACCCUUCUAAAAUCGUGAAAUAAAUCUGUUUCGAAGAAAAUCGUCUUCCUUGGAGACCUGAGUACACAUCGUUUCUGGUUUUCAACGUUCUAUCUUCUAAACCAACAAUAUUUACUGGUAUUAAAAAUCGAAUCUUUAUUUCUGUCGACUUAUUCCGCGACUUAUUUUUCGCACCUACAUAACUUUUGUACGGCCUUAUAAUUUCAAAUCGCGGAAAUCCGGCAAUGCUAAACUCUAGCUGAACCUAGUUGAUUUUGGGAUAGUAAUCAAGAUGCUUCUUUCGACGACAUUUUAGAAAAGGUCCCUUAGAGGUACCGGGAAACUUAAAAGAUAGCCGUUUUGGAUUUUAUCACCCUCUCUCAGUUUAAAGAGGAAUCCGUAACUUCCGUCGUCCUAACCAGGGACCAGGCUCCGCAGUUGGGAAAUUAAAAAGGCGAAGAAAAUCGGAGAGGGCGAAAGCCGAGCGGUAGUCUGAGGAGGGGAUUGUCCCCUUCUGCAGUCCACCACUCGAUUAGCGUCGCUCGCUGAUUUUGCUGUUUCAUCCCGUUUUUGCCUUUUCCCCCCACUACGGAGCCUGGUGCCAGGCUACCGUCUUCCUUUUAAGCUGGCUGGCAGGCUAUUUAACAAGGGGAAUCACUGCCUGCGGGCGUAUUAUUUAUUCAGGUUUUAUAAGGUACAUCACCUAACUCUUACUCCUUUCGUAUGAACCUUAUUUUCUAUUAACUCCUUUUUCACAGAUAUUCCAAACAAUGGCAGAAUUAAUAUUGGGUGAAACUGGAGAACAGGUGAGAAAUAGUGUAUUUUUACUGUUUCGUUAUCCUUUUUACGGGUAAAUUCCAAAGAAAUCUACGUGUUCUCUGUUAGUGUUGUCGAAGAUGAUUGAUGGGCAAGAACAUUUCUCUUACAAUACCCGUAAACUGCUACUUAUAAACCCUUUGCUUAAACAUCUUUGCAAGGGGUUUUAAGAGUGCUUACAAAGGGACAGGCUUACAACAGGAAUAGAAAAAGGGCUUUGAAAUGAGCUAUGACAGUGCUGAUCAAAAUGUGCAGGCGUGUGUGGCCUAGAGGUUAACACCUCGAACUCCGGAUCUGGAGGUCCGGUGUUCAAGCCUCGCCCGUCGCGUUGUUUCCUUAGACAAGGAACUUUACUCCACUAGCACUCUACUUUGUCUCUCUUCACCCAGGUGCAUAAAUGGGUACCAGCAACAUACUGCUGAGGGGUACCCCUGCGAUGGACUAACAUCCCGUCCAGGGGGGAGUAGCAAUACCCCUAGGUACUUCGUACUAGGGAAACCGGGAUAAGCUCUGGCCGUUUUGGCCUUUGGAUUGUGUCCGCCUUUAUUUUUUACCUAGCGCUGAUCAAGAUACGUUAUGCAUUUACUGGUUUUUAAUUAAGGAUUAAAACGUCAUAAUAAAUCGAAUUCAUUUCAAUACAUUUUUAGAACACAAUUAGAGGAGGGGGGCUUAUAAUCGGAUGUAUUUUUUUUGUUUAUGGGGUGCUUAUUAAGUGGCGGGGGGGGGGGGUGUAGGACGGCUUGUGAGCGGUAGUUUACGGUAUAUACAGUCAACUCUCGCCUUGCGGACACCCCGCAAUAACAGACUCCCCGAUAAUACGGACAGUAGCUAAAAUCCCAGCCAAAAAUAAAUUACAGACGUUUGACUGAAAUAAACUCCCGCUAUUACGGACACUAGCUAAUGAGGACACUAACUCGAGGUCCCUACAGUCUCCGCUAUAAAGGGAAUUGACUGUAUUCGGAUAUUCGUUGCACUCAUUGACAGUAGACGAGCGUGUGGGAGGUGCCUGCGACAGCAAGCCGAGGCUGGUGGGUUUUAAAAGUGGACAUACUUUAAUAGCGAAUAAUUUAACAAAUGGCUCGUUGAAUAGGGAGCAGAGAACUUCGAGAUCGAGUGUAACGUGUUGAGCAAUGCAAGCGAAAUAACCGUAUUUCAACAAGGGCGCUGAAAAGUCCCCUGAAAAGGCCCGGCCGGCGAGGCUAUGCAACCACUUCAAAUGAUUAAAACGAAAGCCUGCUGAACUCUUGUUAAAAGUUACAUGAUCAUGUAACGGCCUUUAACCACGUCCCAACUUACAAGUUUUCCUUGCGGGAAUGGCACCUGUUAUUAGUAAUUUCCUACGAUUAAGGCAUACCGUAAACUACCUCUCAUAAGCCCUGGGCUUUCACAUCUUCGUAAGGGGGUUUUAGGAGGGCUUAUAUCCGAGGGGGCUUAUUACUGGAAUAGUAAAAUGAAUAAAUUUUCAAGAAGGCCUCGGAGUCGCCCCGUGCAAGGGAAUAUGGAUUUCUGGAAGCGGAGGAAUUCUUGCUUUUGGAAUCGGGAAUCCGGGAAAAUUUUUUCAUGUGGAGUCCGGAAUCGUGGGCUUUACUGAGAACCCGGAAUACAGCUCAAUGAAUCUGGAACCCCACUAACGAUUGGACUUGAACCCGGAAUCCAAGUUCCACUGACAGAGAAUCCGGAAUCCACUGCGUGUAAUCCAGAAUCCAGGACUAUCUUGGAUUCCCUUAUAUUAUAUGGAAUGCCUCGGAGCGAAGGAAACCUAUAUCUAGAAAAAGACGUCUUCAGAGGCGUCAUCCUUAUGACAGACUUUUUUAAAACUAAGGGGAAUUUCAGCAUGACCUGCUUACAGAGGAAGUGUUACUCGUCUUUUCCUCUCAUCUUCGCCUCUUACACUUUGAUGUUUUUGUGUUUUUAUUUUGCAGCCUAAUACACCCAAUGGAAGUAAUGAUGGUGAUGUGGACGGUGAAGGACAAAACAAACCAUUUCCAUGUACUGUUUUAUGAUGAAACUCGUUUUAAUAUAUCUUAAAUUCGCCAAUCCAUUGUUUUGAACUGACUAUUAAUAAUUAUUUUCAGUGACCACAAUAAUGAGCUGCUGGUUCCAAAACAAUGAAAAACUGCAGUAAAAUCGGAUAAUGCCUACGCUCCUCGUCUAUCUCAGUGAAAAAUAUCGACUUCGCACUACGCGCUCGGUCAUCGUGGUUAACAAGGCUUGAAGCUCAGGCAGUAUCCUAUAUAAAAAAAAAAGAUAUUUUGGGUCAAUUUAGGUUUCUGGGAAACUGCUCACCUACCCCUCCCCUAAGCUAACAUUACACUUACUUCUCACUUUGGGCAAAAUGAUGGCUUAGGGGAGGAGGAGCUGGGCAGUUUCCCGGAAAUCUAAAUUGAUCCGAUAUUUUCAAUGUUAAAAGACAAUAGAUCAAUUUAUCCGAUCCUCAAGUGA